AUAUCAAAAUCAAUCACGUUUUUCACGUUGUUUUCAUAUAAUGAUUCGACAGAGUGACGUCACACCAGAGCAGCUGAUUGUCAAAAUAUACAACAAAGAGGAGGUGGUAAAUAGUUGUCGUGUUUGCAGAAGCCCCAAUCAAGAUGGAGAUUACGAGUGUUUAUAUGCUGUACAGGUAGUUGAGGAAGAUGGUGUGAUUCAGGCGCACACAUGGCAGCUGACCAACACAGGCAAAUUGUAUGAGGAUAUGCUCGGCGUUGAGAUUGAUGCAGCAACUAUGGAAAUAUACCCUCAGUAUCUAUGCAACAGCUGUGAUUUACAAAUGCGGCUAUUUCGCAAGUUAACAAUGAGAGCACGACGCACACUUGAAGAGUUGGCAAAAAUGUAUCCCCCAACUGAUAUUAAGACUUCUGCCGUCUCGGAAGUACAUGAAGAAACAGAAAAUGCUAUAUUGGAAACACCAAAUACUUUAGACGAGGAAUUUUUGGAAAACGAAAUAUCGACAUUGGACAAUGAAAGUAACCUCAUGCAAUCACUGCUAGCUGAAACAAAUCUACAGGCACAAAAUAAUUAUGAAGAUAUCAAAGCUAAAUCGUAUGACGCGUCACCAAUAGAAACAAUACAUUUUGCCCACGAUACGCCGACAUUGGAGUCAACGAUGGAAGAGGCCGAUUCAAAAGAAUUUUUAAAUGACAUACAAGCAGUUUCUUUGGAUAACACUGAGAUGAGAUAUUUUGAAGAAGACCAGGAAGCGUCGAUGCAACCAACUAUGAUUGCUAAUCAAAAAACCAAGCAGGAGAAACGCAGAGAAAUCGAAUUUGUUUCGUUAUUUGAAGAGCACAUUGCAGAAGAUCAAGAACAGCAAGCAAGAGAAGAACCAGUAGAAUUCUUUGAUGUACACUAUUUGGAAGACACAUAUAGUGGGCUGCCAAUAAAUGCGCUGGAGAGACCAAAAGUCUUUGGUGAUUGCAAUGGUGGCAAUAUACGACGUGCAUACGAAUGUAAGGCAUGCAAUCUGGAAUUCCUGCGUCGCACAGAUUUUCUGCAACAUCGCAAAUCUGUGCACGACAACAAAUUUCCAUGCCCCCUCUGUUCGAAACUGCUGCAUACUAACGAUGCGUUGCGCGUACACUUGCGUCUGCAUGGCGGUGAGCCAGCCUAUAAAUGUGAAAUUUGCCAGCGUACAUUCAAUCAAAAAGUGCAUUUCCGCUAUCACAUGGAUCGGCAUAAUAAUGUACGUAAUUUCAAGUGCACGCAAUGUGAGAAAGCAUUUCUCUCCAAACACGACCUGACAGUGCAUACGCGCACACAUACAGGCGAGCGGCCAUAUGAAUGCGAAAUUUGUGGCAAGGACUUCCUCAUACUGCAACACCUUAAAAUGCAUCGCUACUCGCAUACAAACAAAUCCUUUGAGUGCCCUGAAUGCAAGCAAAAAUUCAUAUCACCAUCCACGCUGCGCAUACACCAACAUACCAUACACGCGGCUGAACGCCGAUUUCAGUGUGAAUAUUGUGUUAAACGCUUUCGUCGGAAACAUCAUUUGAUUGCGCACUACCGCGUACAUCAAAAAUCUGAGAUGGAUACAAACAAUUUUGAUGACUACGUCGAGCAAGGCGAAAACGAUAUCGAUAUAGAUGGCUAUCAAAUGCCAGCGUCUGAUGCGCAAACGCAACAGUUAGCAGUGAUAAAGGAAGAUGAGUGCGAAUAUCUGGAAAUCAACGCCGAUGAAAACAUCGAUAAUAUAUUAGUCGUUGAUGAUGACGACGAGGCGGCAGAUAGGCAAGCCUUAUAUGGCGCUGAUUACGUGAUAGGCGUGGCGGAAGAAUGUAACGCCAAUUUGACAUUUUAAUUUAUGUACACACAUACCUUUAUAUAUUUAAAAUAUUUAAAAGAUUUAAA